AUGACACAGUGGAAGGGUCCAGUUUGGAUCAUUGCAUUAAUUCCUUUGAUUAUCCUCUUGCUAAUAGGUGCUUAUAUGGUUCCUUUAGGAGGAUAUUCAUUUUGUUAUUUCUUCUCUGGAGUCGGUUGCAAGUCUAUCUCCGAGUGGCUACCAGUACCUACUCCUACCAGGGAAUACAGUGAUGCUGAGAUCGCAGCUCGUGGUGUCAUUAGAGACAUCUUGCAAACACCUCCUAUUCAAACAAAGACACCAAAAAUCGCUUUCAUGUUCUUGACUCCGGGCACAUUACCUUUUGAAAAGCUAUGGGAUAAGUUCUUUGACGGGCAUGACGGCAGAUUCUCCGUUUACGUACACGCAUCUAGCGAGAAACCGGAACAUUUGAGCCGUUACUUUGUCAACAGAGACAUCCACAGUGAGAAGGUGGUCUGGGGGAGAAAUUCUAUGGUUGAUGCAGAGAGGAGACUUCUGGGAUUGGCUUUCCAAGACCCUGAUAAUCAGCAUUUUGUACUUCUCUCGGACAGUUGUAUUCCACUUCAUAAUUUUGAUUAUGUCUUUAACUAUUUGAUGGAUACAAAUGUCAGCUAUAUUGAUUGCUAUGAAGAUCAUGGACCUCAUGGAUCAGCUGGCAGGUAUUCCGAGCAUAUGUUACCAGAAAUUGAGUAUAAGGACUUCAAGAAAGGUUCUCAGUGGUUCACAAUGAAGCGGCAGCACGCCCUGAUAGUCCUAUCAGACAGUCUUUACUACUCGAAGUUCAGUCUUUACUGCAAGCCAGGUUUUGAGGGGAAGAAUUGCUACUCUGACGAGCAUUACUUGCCGACAUUCUUCUAUAUGAUGGAUCCUGGAGGCAUAGCGAAUUGGUCAGUGACACUCGCGGAUUGGUCUGAAAGGAAGUGGCAUCCGAAAGCGUAUCAAGCUCAAGAUAUUACCUACGAGCUCCUGAAGAAAAUUACGUCUAUUGAUGAGAGUAUGCAUUUUACCAGCGAUGAAAAGUUGGUGAUAGAUGAACCUUGCGUGUGGAAUGGGAUGAAGAGGCCGUGUUAUUUAUUUGCCAGAAAAUUCUACCCAGAAACUCUUGAUAAUUUGAUGAAUAAUUUCUCGAGUUACACAACAAUUUGA